UCCAACUCUGCUGGACUUCCCGAAUUUAAGAUUUGUAUUCCCAUAGCGAAACAGGGAUCUAGGGAAGACUCCUAAUGCACUUAACUUACAGGCCAGGGAUGGGGCCCAGAUUUUUCCCUCUAUAAGUUAUGGCCGCAAUCGCUCAAACAUUCCUUCGAUUCUCGACAUUUUUAAUCUCUAAUUCGUAGCUCAAUUCACAAAUCAUUCUCUGAUCUUCAUCUUCUCGAAGAAAUUAGGGCGAAAUUUUGAUUCCAAACCGUAAAAAUGUUGCAGAUGAGAAACGAGUGGGUCGAAUCAUUUCUGAAGACCAAGUUCUUCAGUUCUUGUGUAAAUCAUGAGGAACUCCGAGAAAAUAAGAUGAAUUUUUUCUGUAUCGACUGUAACCAAAGUAUCUGUCAGAAUUGCCUCUCCUCCUCUGCUCAUGACCUUCAUCAACAGCUUCAGAUUCGCAGAUAUGUCUAUCAAGAAGUAGUUCGUGUCGAUGAAAUUGAAAAGCAUAUAAAUUGUUCCCAAAUCCAGUCGUAUCUGUCGAAUCUGGCAAAGAUCGUAUUUUUAAACCCUCGUCCGCGAGUAAAAAUAUCGAAAUCAGAAAGCGGAGGCGCAGCUUGUGAGGCAUGUGAGAGAAGCUUACAGGAGCCUUAUCGAUACUGCUCGAUCGCUUGCAAGGUUUCAGUAGUUGCAGAAAAGGGAAAGGAUAAGAGUCCUAGUCCUCCAUUAAUGCCCCAUCCAAUUCCAGAACUCAAUGAUGCAGAGUCUGUGGUGGAAUCGAUUGAUCAGCACAAGCGUGGACGAGUUAUUCUGGACAGCGAGGGAAUUGAUGCUGGUGUACAACCGUAGCUGAUCUAAAUCCAUCUGCGUAUGCAAACGGAGAUGAAUAAGAUCUAUAGUCUUUGGUCUCUAAUAGGAUUUUAGAAAGUUUUAUUUAUUUGGAAAUAUUUUAAGUAGGAUAAGUAGGAGAUAGUAAUUUUUUAAUUUGUUUCAACU